CAGAAAUGUCUACAAGACCUCAAAUCCAUAUUUUUGUUGGAGCACCCAGUAUUCCGAGCCAGUUCGAGGUAUCAGAAUGUAGUAGUUCAGUGAUUGACGCUGGAAAAUGGAGGGAACUCCACUUUUUGUGUGAUGGACGUGGUCUUUUUUCUGAUAAAUGCAGAAGUACUGACCAUCUAAUGUGUCAGGGAAAAUGCUCUACAGUCACGGCAGUUCCUACAAAUGUUUACUGCUCCCAGGAAUCUAAACAGAGAGGCUUAAUGGUACCAAGAGGGUGUAACACAUCUCCUGUAACUUCGGUGGAAACCAGUGGCACUGCUCCUAGGAAGACUGACAGUUUAAUGUAUUUGGAUUAUCAGUCAUCUAAAGACAGAGGCAGAAAUGUAAAACAGGCUGCAGAUCAACACCUCCCUCAAAAUCCUGAAAAGUCAGAUGAACAGAGUGAAAAGUUAUCAGACGGUUGUUCUAACCUCUCUGAAGUGCAAGUCAAUCAUCUGAAAGUUAAGUGCUCUGACAUUUCAGAUUUGGUUGCUUCCACUAAGGAGAUUAGCAUUCAUCUAAGAUUGAUGGGACAAGAUGUUCCAUCAGCUCAUGUAAGUGACUGCUGUGAACCUCUAAGUCAAUAUCUGGGUAUAUUUUUUCCCCCAAAUCAAGACUCAAAACCAAAAAGAGAACAAGAUAAUUGUUCAAACCUUACAGUGUCAACUGAUAUUGAAUUUCGUAGUAUAAUGACUUCAAGUCAGAUGGCUGUUCUUGCACAAGAUAACUUUAAGACACAAAAUGAGAUGCAGAAAAGAACCAUAAAAGUACUGGAAACAGAAGCAGAGAAUAAGCAUGAAGAAAGGCAACACUUCAGUCUUAAUCCUGAUGUCAAAGCAUGUCAUGGUGUGACUGAAAAUAUAUAUCAGCAGGAGUAUACAGGUUCUCUUGAACUUUUUGAUUCUGAGAGCGAUAGCAAAAGCUUCUAUUUUGAUGCUACAAAAAGAGAAGGAAGUGCUCAUGAAAAUACAACGGCAUCUGAAAAACAUCUUUAUAUUCCUAAAAAAAAUGAAAUCCAUAUUGAAACAUUGAACUCAGGAAUACUCUGUUCCCAAGUAAGCAGUUCUUGUAAUAGCUCUUCUAAAAAAGCCUGCAAGUCUGAAGAGUCUCUUCAUAUUUCUCAUUCCCCAUUUAAAAGGCGACUGAAAUCGAAGAGAAUUAAACUGAAUUCUUCUCUAUCUAGCCCUGAAAUGAAAAUGGAUGAAGAAAGGAAGACAGAAUUCAAGAAAAUUCAAAAGCAUCUUCUAUCACUACUUAGGAAUUGCUGCUGUAAAGAUCAAAAGUACAAUGUUUUGGUUGCAAUAGUACAUCCCUGUCAUAUUAAGGAAAUACAGAUAAAGACAAGACCCAAAUCUUCAUCUAAAGUUCCAGUGGCAACAAUUGUAGUUACUGAUCAGUCUAAAAUUGAGAGAAAGGUGGUGCUGUGGCGUGCUGCUGCGUUUUGGUCACUCACCGUGUUUCCUGGGGAUAUUGUGCUGCUCACAGAUAUCACUAUGUAUGAGAAUCUUUGGUUUGGAGAAAUCAUGCUGCAAUCUACAAGUACCAGUCAGUUACUGAACCUGGGAAACUGCUCAGCUCUCAAUCCAAAAGAAUUUCAUCAUAUAGGAGAUACUGGUGUUCUCCAGGCUUUAUUGGCAUAUAUAUCAUCAGAAUUUUCCCACUUUGGAGGCCUUCCAUGUAGACAAGUUCAGACACUGGACAGUGUUCAGCAUGUUCAACUAGAUCAGCUUCAGUCAAAUACUCUGGUUCACUCAAUCUUAAAAAUUAUCAGCAUCACAGUGUUAACAGAAUCUGUGUACAACUACAAAGGGGGCAGCCAAAAAAAAGUUAUUUUAACAGUAGAACAGAAUAGAGAUGAACAUUAUAGGAUGGUGCUGUGGGGAGCAGGGGCAGCCUGGUGCCCCCAACUUCAAAGGAAAAAAGAUCACAUAUGGGAAUUUAAAUACCUUUUUGUCCAACAUAGUUCUGUCUCGGGUGACUUUGAACUGCACACAACUCCAUGGUCAUCCUGUGAGUGUUUGUUUGAUGAUGACAAAAGAGCAAUUGAAUUCAAAGAAAAAUUUCAGAAAAGUAAAACAUCCCUCUUGAAAAUGACAAAUGUGUUGGCACAUUUGGAGGAAAAAUGCUCAGGAGUGAUUCAACUGAAAGCCCAUAUCCUAGAGUUGAAGUUUACCAUUUCAGUGGGUCAGUACAGACAACUCAUCUUCAAUGCUAACACUUCCCUGGAGAGUGUUUUGUCUUCUCUGCCUAUGAUUACCUAUUCAGGUUGUGCUAAGUGUGGUGCAGAGCUACAGGCAGAUGAGAACAAGAUCUACGAGCAGUGUGUUAGAUGCUUGCCAUUCAACAAAAUAAAAACAUUCUACAGAUCUGCUUUGAUGACAAUUGAAGAUGGAGGAUAUGAAAUUUACGUUCAUGUGGUAUCAGAGUUGAUGGAAAAAAUCUUCCUCAAUAUUCCUGCAGACUGGCUGAACAGAUCAGUAGUGCCCUCCUCAGAUAUGACCUACCGUGUAAUCAUAGCAGAACUGUGUCAUUUGCUGCUGGCAGAUACAGAAGCAUCCUAUUUGUUGGAAAUUAGGAGCCAUUUUGUGCUUGAUGAAAAUAGCUAUCCUUUGCAAAAGGAUUUCCAUCUGCUAAAUUUUCAUCCUGAUCUCUGAUGCAUUGACCUCUGCGAUAGCUGGUGAACAGACAGCAUAUGAACAAGCAGAUUGCAAAUAGAAGAAAAAGG